AUGUCUGACCUGAAGCACAAGGCCGGGAAAUUGUCCCCAUUGGGACUUGUCAAAGAGGUGUUUAAUUGGUACCCAUCUUCGUAUCCUGCGGAGGAGAGAAAACUACUGUUCAAGUUGGACUUGUCAAUUCUGAUAUUCGCCUGUCUCUGCUUCUUCGUCAAAUAUCUGGAUCAGACAAACAUUAGCAAUGCGUAUGUUAGUGGUCUAAAAGAGGACUUCGGCCUAUACGGCAAUGAGCUCAACUACUUCAACGUCUGCUAUUUUACAUCAUAUGUGCUAUUCCAAAUCCCUGGCCUACUGCUCAUGUCACGCCCAAAAUUGGCUCGCUGGUUGUUACCUACCCUCGAAGUCCUCUGGGGUAUUUGCACAUUUGCCCAAAGUCGCGUCACCAACGUGCACCAGCUAUAUGCCCUGCGUUUCUUAGUUGGAAUGCUAGAAGCACCUGUCUUUGCUGGAACCCAUUUUAUUCUUGGUUCAUGGUACACCGGUCCCGAACUCUUCAAGCGAGCAGGAACAUGGUUUAUCUGCAACCCGCUCGGUACCAUGGUCAGUGGAUAUCUACAGGCAGCCGCUUAUACCAACCUCUCUGGUGUUGGAGGUAUGCCAGGGUGGAGGUGGCUGUUCAUCAUCGACGGCAUAUUUACCAUCCCUGUGGCCUUAAUUGGAUUCUUCAUCUUCCCCGGUAUUCCGGGCUCACCCAAACCAUUCUAUAUGACGGACCGCGAUGUUGCAUUGGCCAAGGAGAGAACAACGAGGGCCAAAAUCCGCCAGCCUGGUAAGAUGAGUCUCGAUGUCUUCAAAAGAACUUUUAAGAGAUGGCACAUUUGGGUCUUUAUCACUUGCUACGCAUGCAUGAUCAUCUGCUCCUAUCCAAGCAGCUAUAUGAGCCUAUGGCUCAAAGAAGAGGGAUACUCUGUGACUCAAAUAAACCAGUUGCCGACUGUCACAUACGCGGUUAACAUCGUGGCCUCCUGGCUCGGGACAACAUUAGCUGCAAUCUAUCCAGAAUGGAUCAUAUAUACCAUUGCAUCGGCGUGCUGUCUAUUCUCGACAUUAUGCAUGAUAAUUUGGAACAUCCCUACAGCGCUGAAAUUCGUUGCUUGGUAUGCUUUCGGGAUGGCUGGAUGCUUGAGUCCAAUUCUAUACUCCACCAUCAAUGUAAUAGUGAGGGACGACGCGGAGGAGCGCGCUCUCAUCAUGGGCUCCAUGAUGACAUUUGGCUAUUCGUUCAACAUCUGGGUUCCUUUGCUGGCAUACCCAACCGCCGGUCCCGACGGUGCACCUAGAUGGCGCAAGGGAUGGCCAAUAUCGUUUGUGUUUUUCUUCCUGCUAUGGGCUGGCUUCAUGGCAUCUGUUUACAUAUGGCGAAGGGAGCAAAAGAAAGAAGCCUUGAUCUCACAGCAGGAAAGUAGUGACGAGGAAACGGACACUGUGGUAGUUGAUGGGACUCCGGCAUUGAAGAGCUGA